AUGGCCGACACCACCAUUUCCGGUAAAUUUGCUGGCUACCCGGAAAUAGUUGGGGGCGUGGUCCCAUUCGGUUCAUCGGUGAACUCCAUUAUCGCGUUGGGAGGAAAAUACAGAGAUAAAGUUGAAAAUGAAUUGGUUUUGAAGGGAGGAGGUCUUGACGUGGGUGAUCCCCGUGAAGAAAAUGGAGAUUGUGACGACGGUGAACAUCAGCCAGAUCCAAAGGUAUGGGUCGAAAGGGAGGAAGUAGAUUUCCCAAGAGUACGUCUCCUCAGCCCAGCAGGCCACACGAAUAUCCACAUAAAAUCGGAUAACGACCGAAAACAGGUGUCCUGUCCUCACGAUGCUUGUUCCGCCAAGUUUGUGUAUCGCCACGAGCUAAAACGUCAUAUUUUCAGGGCUCAUAGUAUCCUCGAGCGUUCGCGAGACCACAAAUGCUCCACAUGCUUGGCCGCAUUUUUUGAUAAGCAGCAGCUCCGCAGGCACGAGGGCAUUCACACCCGUGAUCCUGCAAAGAACCAAUUCAUCUGUUACUUUUGUCCGAAAAGGAAACCUGAUCAAUGCAAGCUGUCAGACCAUAUGCGAAUCCACACUCAAGAAAAACCAUACCGUUGCGAGUUGUGCAAAACAGCGUUUAAUUUUGUCGAAAACUUGAGGCGACACAUUUUCACCCACACGAAGGAAAAGCCGUUCACUUGCAGCGUCUGCGAGAUAGGGUUCGGAAACCAAGGAUCGCUCCGAACUCACAUGGCGACCCAUACCGGGGAAAAGCGCUACUUUUGUGAAAUGUGCGACUUUUCCAGUUUCCUCAGGGCACCAGUAACCAACCAUGUGCGACGGAUUCACUACAGAUUGAACGAACUACAAUGUCACCUAUGUCCGAAGAAGUUAUUUACUAGGGUUGCCCCGGGUACCGGGUAG